GCGGGAUUAACUUUUCCGCAGACGAAAAUUCGAUUCUAUCUCAUGCAAGAUAAAAGUAGGAUGCCUUGUUUUAUUUUUAUUCAACGCGACCAAUAUUAUUGAAGAUGAAAUUUGCUGAACAUUUAUCUGCUCAUAUUACGCCUGAAUGGCGUAAACAGUAUAUUCAAUAUGAGACCAUGAAGGAAAUGAUCUAUAAUGCGGUUGAAGAAGCUCCAUCUGCAGAAGCAACGGACCAGGAGCUGAUAUCCCGAUAUUUUGCCAAAGUUGAAGAAAACUUCUUUCAAUAUUCCGAUAAAGAAUUGUUAAAGAUUAAUACGUUCUUCUCCGAAAAGUUAGCUGAAGCUUCAAGAAAAUUUGCAACCUUGAAAUCAGAAUUGACAAUUCGAACGAAUGAACAAAUUGAAUCUCCUACAAUUAGAAAGAGAAGAAACUCAACGUUACGUCCUCUCGUUAAACAACCGCCUAGUGCCAGGAAAAUUCAUGAUUUAAAAUUGGCUUUUUCUGAAUUUUACUUGUCAUUAAUUCUACUGCAGAAUUAUCAAACAUUAAACUUUACGGGUUUUCGUAAAAUAUUGAAAAAGUUUGAUAAAGAAUUGCAAACUUCAUCGGGAGCAAAAUGGAGAAUUGCAAAUGUAGAAACUGCACCAUUUUACACAACAAAACAAGUGGAUCAGUUGAUAAAGGAAACAGAGUCUGUUUUUACAACUCAAUUGGAAGGUGGAAAUCGUCAGAAGGCCAUGAAACGUCUCAGAGUUCCACCAUUGGGUCAAGAGCAAAAUCCAUGGACAACUUUUCGAGUAGGCCUCUUCGCUGGUUCAUUUAUAGUAAUGGUUAUAACAGUUGUUAUUGCUGCUAAUUUCGUGGACUCAAAAUCUCUUGCCCAUUCUUGGGUUCCAGCUUUACAUAUCUAUAGAGGGACGUUUCUUAUAAUAUUGUGUUGCUUUUUAUUGGGUUUAAAUACUUAUGGAUGGCGUUCUUCAGGAGUAAAUCAUGUACUAAUUUUUGAACUGGAUCCAAGGCACCAUCUAAACCAUCAGCAACUACUAGAAGUAUCCUGCUUCUUUUCCGUUAUAUGGUCGAUAAGCGUUUUAUGCUUUCUAUUCAGCCAUUAUAUUUUAUUGCCUAUGUUUGUUGCUCCUCUUGCCCUGGUAACAGUAUGUUUAUUGUUAAUACUCAAUCCAUUUCGGGUAUUUUACUACAAAGCCAGAUUCUGGUUACUUAAAGUUUUGUUUAGAAUAGUAACAGCGCCAUUUCAUCAUGUUGGCUUUGCUGAUUUCUGGCUUGCAGAUCAAUUAAAUAGUUUGAAUGGUGUAUUAUUGGAUUUUGAGUAUAUGAUUUGCUUCUAUACCGCUCAAGUUGAUUGGCUAGGAAAAGAAAUAGUAGACGAUAACUCAGUUUGUGGUACAAUAUCUUACGGAGUUAGACCUAUAGUAGCCUGUUUACCAGCUUGGUUUCGUUUUGCUCAAUGCCUAAGACGUUACAGGGAUACAAGGUUGAUUUUUCCUCACAUAAUUAAUGCUGGAAAGUAUUCGACAACAUUUUUUGUUGUUCUAUUCGACACCUUAAAUAAAGCCUAUAAGACCAAUCAUGCGAAGGAGUACAAUGCAUUUUUCUACUUGUUUAUUAUCGCCAAAGUCAUUAGUACAUGCUAUACUUUAACUUGGGAUAUUAAGAUGGAUUGGGGUUUGCUGGAUUCUAAUGCAGGCGAAAAUAAGUACUUAAGAGAGGAAGUUGUCUAUGCUUCAAAGUAUUACUACUAUUUUGCCAUAAUUGAGGAUGGAUUGUUACGAUUUAAAUGGGUACUCGCCGUUAUUCUAAUAGGACAGAAUUUUGUUCAUAAAGAAAUAGUAGCAUCAAUAAUGGCGUCUCUAGAAGUUUUUAGGCGUUUUAUUUGGAAUUUUUUUCGUUUAGAAAACGAGCACUUGAAUAAUUGUGGUCAAUUUAGAGCUGUAAGAGAUAUAAGUAUAGCACCUAUAGAUGCAGACGAUCAAGCUCAAUUGGAGAGUAUGAUGGACGAAGAAGACGGUGUUACAAAUCGCCAUAGGGGAGAUACUCGUAGACUUAUUACAAAUAGGUAAGCAAUCAGUAUAGUUUUUAUUUACAUAUUGUUAUAAGUGUGUCAUAUAUAUAUAUAUAUUUAUAUAUGCAUAUCCUUAAAUAUUUGCUACAAUAUUGAUUCGCACUGCCAGAAUUGGCAUUCAAGCUUUACAGUGGAAACUGAGAGAUUAUCAGCGGUAGGGAUGAAUGUCUUGCUCUCUUCUUUUAAACGGAAUGACCUUUAGAACGCACGCAAUAGCACGUUGAAAAAUUUUCUGUUUAUAGUUACUUUUCGAUAGAAGAAAAUCUCAGAAAAAUUUACCACAAUCGGCCUUAAUGUUAAUAGAAAAAAAAAUACUUUCUAGUACCGUAAUCACAUUUUGCCCGGGUCCUAUCCUCUAUCAAUUUUUCAACUCUUCUAUCCUUACCCCCUACCCUAUUCCAUUUCCUAAAUUCAUUCGUUUCACACUUAGAUCAUUUCUUAGAAAAGUCAUCGUGCAUUAUACGUAAAAUUAUACUUUUUCAACCAUAGAAACUAAUCUAACCGCGUAAUUACUUUUGUAUGUUAGAUAGUUUGAGGGUUGUGCAUUUUAAUUAACCUUUUACUUCCGUUUGAUAUUACUAGACUAGUAUUAAAUAGACGAAUGAGAGGGGAAUGUGUAUGUCUGUCUAUGUGCAUUUCUUUUUUCUAUUCCUUAUAUGAUAUCUUCUAUUAUCGUGUUAUCGUUAUUAGCACUGUUACUAUUAUUUUUUUUGUUGUUUAGUAAAAGAAAUUCCUUUUUUUAUUUAUUCUAACUAAUUACCAGGAAAAUUGAAUUACUUAGGCAAACUAUGGAAAGAGAUGGGUUAGAACUUAGUUAGAAAGCUAAUCAUUUAAUCCUACUACAACAGAUUUUUCCACUUAAAUUUAUUUUUUAUACUAGACGUGGAAAUUGAUUUAGACUAUGGUCAUAUAACUAUUUCAUCUUAUUUUCCUUUUCUAAACAAAUUACAGAUCUUCGAAGAAAGAGACGAAGAUUCUAGUUGACAAAGACGACGAUGACGACGAAGACGACGACUAAACCGAUUUUAUAGGAGCGUAAAUUCAAAUAACACAAUUUAAAUUAGUUUAAAUAUACAUCAAUUCCCGUGUUUUUAUAGAGUAAAAUAUUGUUUUAUUUUUGGCUUCAUAGGUUAUAGAUAUCAGUGUAAUAUGGCCAAAAAUUUUAGAAUGUAUAAUUAUACAUUGGAUUUUGUCAAAAUGUUUUAAAAAGAAAGAAUUUGAUUUAUAUGACAGUUUUUUUUUGUUUUGAAAUGUUAUGCAAUUUCUUUCCUUUUUUUGUGCUAAAAUGUUCACAUUUU